UUAAUCUCCACAGAGUGUGAGGGGCAGCGCGGCUCACUUCACCUCAGGUUUACCUCAGCUUUACCCCACUUUACCUCAGCUUUACCCCCCCGGAGCGCUCCGUGUCUCUGCCCUACAGCAGGAUGGUGCUGAGAUUAAACACCUUUAUUCCGCUCUCGCUGUGUUUAAUCCUCAUUCACUGCGCGCGGGAUGCGCGUGCCACCCCAGAGGAUGAGCGCGUGCAGGGCAGUCUGGACGAGAACCCGUCUGUAGACCCAGAGCUGCUCGAUGAUCAGAUUAAAUACAACAUGCGUAAAUCUGAGGAUCUGGACGAUGAGGGAUGUUUCCUGGAGCCGGGCCGGAGCGAGGCGCUGCAGCGGUGCGGGUUCAACACCACGGCCAGAACCAUCCUCAUCAUCCACGGCUGGACGAUAGGAGGAGUGUUUGAGAGCUGGAUGUAUAAUCUGGUAGCGGCGGUGGUGAGGCGCGAAGCCGAGGCCAACGUCAUAGUGGUGGACUGGCUCGCUCUGGCGCAUCAGCUUUACCCCGACGCCGUCAAUCACACACGCCACGUCGGGCACCACAUCGCCAUGCUGCUCAACUGGCUACAGGAUGAAGAGCAGCUGCCCCUGGAGAAGGUCCAUAUGAUCGGUUACAGUCUGGGAGCUCAUGUAGCGGGAUACGCCGGAACGUUCGUUCAUGGUACAGUCGGACGUAUAACAGGGCUGGACCCGGCCGGUCCCAUGUUUGAGGGGGCGGAGCCACACAAGCGCCUCUCCCCAGACGACGCGGAGUUCGUGGACGUCCUGCACACGUACACACGUGAAGCUCUGGGCGUGAGCAUCGGCAUCCAGCAGCCCAUCGGACACAUCGACAUCUACCCCAACGGAGGGGACGUGCAGCCCGGCUGUGCCCUCGGGGACAUCCUGUCCUCCGCUGCCACGGGGGACUUCAUGGAGGUGAUGAAGUGUGAGCAUGAGCGCGCGGUGCACCUGUUUGUUGACUCUCUGAUGGAUAAGGAUCACGUGAGUUUCGCGUACCAGUGCACGGGGCCGGAGCGCUUCAAUAAGGGCAUCUGUCUGAGCUGCAGGAAGAACCGCUGCAACCACGUGGGCUACAGCGCGCGCAGCGUCCGCACCAGGAGGGACACCAGGAUGUACCUGAAGACACGCGCAGACACGCCCUUCUCUGGUUACCACUACCAGAUGAAGAUGCACGUCUUCAACAGGAAACACUCUGAUGAUGCAGAUCCAACCUUCUACGUCAAACUGUACGGAGCUCACAACGACACGGAGGACAUCCACGUCGAGAUUGUUGAUGGUGUGGGUUUAAACCUCACCAACACGUACCUGGUGUUUACGGAGAAGGACAUCGGCGAGCUGCUGAAGAUCCGUUUGAGUUGGGAGAGCCCGACCCAGUCCUUCUCGGCCGUGUGGAAACACAUCAAGUCGUUCUGGUCCAGUUCCUCAAGUGCCCAGAGUACCAAAGUCCUGCAGGUCCGCCGCAUCCGCGUCAAGUGUGGAGAGACGCAGAAGAAAUUCACGUUCUGUGCAGAAGACAUGUCCGACAUGGACAUCACCCCGGGGAACUCUCUCACCUUCGUGAAGUGUCGUGACGGCUGGGAGGUAAAGCCGAGGAAACGGAUCCACACGUGAGUCGACUCGGCCAUGCGAGUGGAUGUGGAUCGGGACGCGGUCGCGCUCUCCACAGUCUGAGCACUUUUUGUCUGUGGGAUUCUUGUUUUGUUCACUUUCAGGACUCUGAGUGAGUGUGUGUGUGUGUGUGUGGUGUGUGUGUGUGAAGGAGGAUUUUGUCUGCAAUAUUUUGAUAUUCAUUUACACAGGUGUAUUUAUUUGUGAACAUUAUUUAAACCAGCCUGUGACCACACCAGCAAGUAUGAGUGUGUGUGUGUGUGUGUGUGUGUGUGCGUGUGCAUGCACAAGUGUGUGAGAGUUACCGUGGUGAUUGUAAUGUUUCGUUUUAAUUUGGGACUUGAUUUUUUUUUUUUAUUCAUGAAGGCACUGCAGUAUAACAGCUUUAUUUAUCAAAGCUGUUACUAAAUAACGUUAUUUUUACGUGUAUGCAUAUGUGUGUGUGUGCGUAUGUGCCUGUGUGUGUGUGUGUGUGCGCACAUGGCUACAAGAUGUUCACAGUUCUCAUUAUUAUUGGAGCUGAGAGAUCAUCGCUGUAAGUCCUUUGGAGAGAAACGUUACCAUGAUCAUGUUUCUGUGUGUACAUGCUGUAUUUAAAAACAGUAAAUUGUUUACAGAA